UCAGACAAUGGCAUAUGUAUGAUCCCGAGAAAUUCCGCUUGCGCGAGCAACCCACAUUGGACUUUUUUGAUGUUGAGCAGGUCAUUUUUGGCAAAGGAAAGAGCACUGCUUCGCGGACGCACAGUAUCACAGGAAGUUCGUUGAUUAUCGAAAACGGUGAUGAACACGAGGAGAUACUUGAUGAAGAUACUCAUACCUGGCUCGAUGACAAAAUUGAAAACAUGCCUGAUGAUUCCACUUUCGAUGCCGAGGAAGACAUUGACUUAGACGUGCCGGAACUCACAAAAAUUCUCGCUGAUGAUCCACCCCAAGGGAGUGUGUCGAAAGGUAAGAAGAGAGAGCAAAUGGUGGCUUGCAUUGAUGACGCCGACGAUGCUGAUGGCGAAUGGGUCUGGAAGUGAAAUUGCCCAGCGCACAGAAGUUUUUUCAUCAAGAAUAGUUAAUAACACCUGUUUUCGACAAGUUAGCUUGAACGAAAAAAUCACGUGCCGACUGUCA